UGUUAAAGAAGUGUAAACUUCAUACCCGCACAGACCAAUGUAACUGUAGUGAUAAUGUCUUUUGUGCGCAGAAGCUACUGACUAAAUGAGUAACGUUUACAUCAUGAACUUUUCUGUCAUGAGUGAUUAUGACAGAAAGACAUGAUAUUUUAUCAAUUUGUGACAUAAUUAAUUUGCCCAGUUACGUAACACAACCACUGUCAGUGAGCAAAUUAAGACAAGAGCCAAGCAGAGGACUUUGCUCUGCACUUUGCCCAAAAUGAUACUCGGUCACAAGACUACUCCCAUGGUCACAAGACUCGGUGGACACGAGCGACUGCAACAACAACAUAGAGUACAUAAUUUGAAGCAACCUGGCACAAGGUAACACACCAUGCAGCCGCUGACCCUGGCAGACCUACAGAAGGGAGCCACAUCGCCGGGUGACUGUGGGGCUCCCCACGACGCCAUGCCACCCUGGAUGGACCGCCAACGGUUCGACCGUGGCCGAGAGUUCAUCCAGCGCCACCUCAUGGGCGUGUUCCUGUCCCAGUUCAUGGCUCUGCUGAUCGGGUUCAGCGUCACUCCGCUGCUCGACGUUCUGAUGUACACAGGGAAGUCCUCGACAACGGAGCAGUCCAUGAGACGGUACAUCAGCACGGGACGUCGGCUGCUGCUGUGGCACGACGGAGACGUGUGGGACGUGAACAGCAAGGCUCACGCCUCGGUCAUGAAGGUCAGGAACAUGCACGGGCAAGUCGCACAGGCCAUCACCAAGGAGCGCCAAGGCUGCGACUCCGGAAGCAAGCAGGGGGACAAGACAGAACACCAAGCAGACAACAUGAAAAAUGGUCACACAGAUCAUAAGCGACGUAAAUAUAUGAACAAUAACCAAGUGGACAGGACUGUAGACCAAGUAGAAAAGAUGGGAAAUGGUCACGCAGACCGUAAGGAAAGUAAACGUAGCCGUAAAACUGGUACAAAAGCGGACGGUGACCACGAUAAGGUCUACAUUUCCCAGUACGACAUGGCGCUGACUCAGGCAGGGUUUGUCGGUUUUGUCCUGUACCCGGAGAAGUUUGGAAUAUGCUGUACGGUCGCCGAACUGGAAGAUUACAUUUUCUUCUGGAGGGGGAUCGGGUAUCUGCUUGGAAUCGAAGACCGGUACAACAUGUGCUCUGGGAACUACCCUGAAACCUGCAGUCUCAUCGCACAAAUCGAGAACGAAGUCGUGAAACCGGCCUUUCUGAACCCUCCGCAGCCCGACUUUGACGUAGCCACAACUGCGUUCGUGGAAGGCACGAAGCGUUACUUUCAAGACAGACAAAUGACGACAGCCACCAUGUUCGGUUUUGCGCGUGGUUUGCUUGGCCUGCCUCUUGCUGAAAUCAGCUGGGCCGACUGGUGUAGGCUUGUUGUUAUGAAGUGGAUGGUUUGGCUGGUGGAGAGAAUUCCCGGGCUGUCCACCUUCCUCAUCAGAAACCUGUCUAUCAUUGUGAAAAGGGAGAACCCAGACUAGCAUGUCAUGCGAGCAUUAGGCUAGCCUCCGUAGCAGGCUUAUAGAACUGGGGGUUUGGUGGUCUUCGGCUGUUUUCUGAUUAGCCCAGUUCUAAAA